AGUUGCUCGCGCUGCUUCUUCCGCCGCCUUCGUAGAAUCGCUUUCGCCUGCCGUUGCAGCAUGGCCACCUCAGGUUGCUUCCGUCUUCUCUCCCGAGCUGCGCCGUCUUCCUCCUGGCGGCUCCUGGCGGCUCCUCUCCGGACUAGCACCGGCUGGAGUAGCGCAGUCCGCCUGGGCCCUUGCCGGCCCUUCCACGCCGCGGCGGGGCUCAGCUCAGAAGAAAAAGUUACAGUGCACUUUAUAAAUCGUGAUGGUGAUAAACUAACAGCCAAAGGGAAGGUUGGAGAUUCACUUCUAGAUGUUGUGAUAGAUAACAAUCUAGACAUAGAUGGAUUUGGUGCAUGUGAAGGAACACUUGCCUGCUCUACGUGUCACUUAAUUUUUGAAGACCACAUAUUUGAAAAAUUAGAUGCAAUUACAGAUGAAGAAAUGGAUAUGCUGGAUCUUGCCUAUGGCUUGACAGAAAGAUCACGUUUGGGUUGUCAAAUUUGCUUGAAGAAAUAUAUGAACAAUAUGACUGUCCGAGUGCCUGAAGCUGUUGCUGAUGCCCGACAAAGUAUAGAUAUGAGCAAUAAUUCUUAAACUAGUGCUUAGGGCAUGUUUUGUGAUAUUAAAAAUAUUUUACCACUUAUUUUUAAUUUUUUAAUGAAAUUUGCAAAUACUCAUCCUUUGAUUAUUUGUGUUAAAGUAUGAAUUUUUAAAAAUUACAGUCAGCCUUAUUUUAAGAGGAUAAAACAAGAGAUUUAGAAGGGAUUUGUAGAAUGAUAGACACAUGAUAAAAUACAGUUAAAGAGCAGGCACUUUCCUUGUAAGGAAAUAGCUGCUUUUAUUUUCAUUUAAUAACACAUCAUCACUGCUGUUGCAUUCAAGUUUUCCUGAGGUAAUAAUUACAUGCUGGGUUUACAGUAGCUCAAAAUAAAAGUCCCCUUUUAAAUUAUAUUUUUCAUACUGAGGCACUGACAGUACAUUUACCAGAGAAUGAGUCACUAGUGAUACUAGUCACUAUCAGCUGAUCAGUUUUGGCAUAAAUUAAUUGUACAAUUGUGUAAUUGUGCAAAGUCCUCUUGAGACUUAUAGGAGUUGCAUAUGCAUAGCUGUAUGCCAUAUUGUGGCCAACAUGUCAGAAGCAUUUUAAAAGAUUUUUUAUUAGGAAUACUGCAUAAGUACCAUAUUAUUUUGAGGAAGUUGUAUAGGCAAAUAUUUACAUUUCUGGUGUUGGUCUUCUGGGCUGUGUGGCCGUGUUCUGGAAGUUUUCCAGAAACUUCCAGA